CGCAUGGCGGCAACCAGAUCAGUCUUAUGUCAUAUACGUCAGAUUGUGUUGUUUUUACUAAAAUACAGGGGUAUUCGAUUUAAAAUAGUUAAUAUAUAAAUAGAAUUUGUGAAAUAUAUUCUAUUUUAGGAGUAGCAGUUCUUAAUUAGAUCGGCUACAUGUCUUGCCCAAGUGAUUGAGAUAAAAAUAACCGAGCUCCUAUUUUGUGCUGCAAGACAACAAUAAACAUUGAUUGUUUUUUUAUUAACUAAGUAUAAAAAUAUUACGUCACGGUGAUUCUCAAUUGGGAUUACCAGACGAAACAUGUAGUGUUUUACGUGUCGGAGGUCGUGAUGAUUCACAUAGGUUAAGUUUUGUAUCAAUGAUGAGUGUUGUUGUGUGGUGAUUAUAGUUUGGGGGCUCGCCGCAACCGGGCGUUGACUUAUCUGAAAGAAAUCCGGUAACUGAGUAAUAGAUGAUGAUUGAGAGCGUUUCACGUCGCGCAUUCAGCAGUUCGAGUGGUACGUACAACGUACGAGCAUCAGAAUUGGCCAGGGAAAGAAAGCUGAAUAUCAUUAAUGUCACGGUACAGUUCUUGGACGAAACGCUGCAGACUUUUCAAAUUGAGAAAAAAGCAAAGGGCAGUGUUUUACUAGAGCAAGUAUUUCACCACAUUGAGUUGGUAGAGAAAGACUACUUUGGCCUGCAGUUCACAGAAAAUGGAUCUACACCUAAUGCUACCAACACAGAAAUAACUCGAUGGCUUGACAGCAGUAAAUCUGUGAAGAAGCAAGUGGGUGCCAAUGCGCAGUUCUGGUUGGCGGUGAGGUUCUACCCUCCGGAACCUUCUAGAUUAGCUGAGGAGUACACAAGAUACCUUCUAUGUCUGCAGUUGAGGAAACUGCUGCUAGACGGACGAAUGAGUGCGCCCAAAAACACCGCUUUAUUGUUAGCUUCGUUUACAGUUCAAGCCGAACUCGGUGAUUAUAACGUGUCAGAACAUCCACCGAACUACCUGUCAGAGUUCAGUCUUCUGCCGAAACAGACCUCGGAGGACGAGCGUCGUAUACGGGAGUUACAUAAGUUGCAUAAGGGCCAAGCGCCCGCGGACGCCGAAGCGAACUUUCUAGAACACGCGAAAAGACUAGAUUGCUACGGUGUGGAGUCUCAUCCAGCUAAGGAUACAAACGGGAAGGACAUAUUUAUUGGCGUGACGUCAAUAGGUAUAGUAGUCUUUCAGAAUAACAUACGAGUGAAUACAUUCUCUUGGAGUAAAAUCGUCAAGAUAUCCUUCAAGAAGAAGCAGUUUUUUAUUCAGAUUAAGAGGGAACCGUCCGAAACCUACGACACAGUAUUAGGUUUCAACAUGCGUUCCGGCCGUGCCGCGAAGGCCCUCUGGCGGUGCAGCGUGGAACGCCACGGGUUCUUCAGGCUGCGGGCGCCCCGGCGGAGACCCCUGCUGGGGGCCCUGGGCGCCCUGGCGGGGAUCACUGCCCCCACCGUGCCCAGGACCGAGACGCAAGCACUGGAGGAUGCUAGGAGGUCCAGAUCGUCCAAUAGGAGUUUUGUGCGCCGCAGCAGCUCGCGGCCCCGAGAGCGCUCGGCGGGCGCGGCGGCCGGGGCUGCGCCCGCGCUGGCGGCCCGCGGCGCGCGCGUCACCACGCACCGCGAGCCCGCGCCCCGCGCCGCCUGGAGCGACCAGCGCGACAACGACGACGAUGGCGGCUUCCUAGAACGUGUUCUUCGCGUGCCUCUAUCAUACGUGGACGAGUCUUCUUCAGCAUCGGAAGCGGACGAGUGUGUGACAGUCGUAUUAGUCGCAGACGCAGAUGGACGUUUCGGUUUUAACGUGCGCGGCGGCGGCGGCGCCCCAGUACUGGUUUCUCGCGUGGCACCGCGUUGCGAAUUGCAAGAGGGGGAUCAGGUUAUAUCAGUUAACGGAACGGAAGUGGACGAUCUGACACACGAACAAGUCGUACAACUUAUACGGAGCACGAGAGGAGUGCUAACACUUUCUGUUAAACCUAAUGCUGUGUACGAGCCGGAAAAUGGCGGCCACGAAGAACCAACUGUGUGUUUUGUCCCGCUCGGUUCCGGGAGGUUCGAGGGAGACGCAUUAGAACAAUCGAUGUUGCUGCUGGGCGAUGGAUUAGCGAAUGGAGCCGCUUUGACUCAAUACGAAACAUUGUUGAGGAGAUUGCCCGAAGAACCGUGUGCGGUGUCGAAGUUACCUCACAAUUUAAAUAAAAACAGAUACAGGGAUAUUGCGCCUUACGACUCCACGCGAGUGAUAUUGAAAAACGGACCCAAUGGCGAUUAUAUAAACGCUUCUUACAUCAAUAUGGAGAUACCUAACUCCGAUUUGGUACUCACAUACAUCGCAACACAAGGACCUUUAUCAUCGACAGUAGGAGAUUUUUGGCAGAUGGUGUGGGAGAGUGAAAGCAGUUUGGUCGUGAUGUUGACCGUUCUAGCCGAGAGAGGGCGCGCCAAAUGUCAUCAGUAUUGGCCGAAGGUUGGCAGUACACCACUCAAAGCGACCGAUGACCUGACAGUGUACACGAACAGCGAACAAAAUUACGGACAUUACGUACGCAGAGAGAUGACGCUGAAGGAAGCCGGCGGCGGGUCCCGCAGCGUGACGCAGCUGCAGUACACGGCGUGGCCCGACCACGGCGUGCCCGAGGACCCCGCCGCCUUCAUCUCCUUCACCAAGCUCUGCUCGCUGCUGAGGAACCAUCGGGCUGUGAUACCGACCGUAGUCGAACAAUGUACAGCAGAAGAACGUCUCCUGGAGCCGCCGAUGAUAGUGCACUGCUCGGCGGGCGUGGGCCGCACCGGAGCCCUGGUGCUGGCCGAGACGGCGGGCGAGCUGCUCGCGCGCCGCCAGCCGCUCUACCCGCUCGACCUGGUGCGCGCCAUGCGCACGCAGAGGCCCAUGUGUAUACAGAACGCGAGCCAGUACAAAUUUGUAUGCGAGAGUAUACAAAUGGCGUACUCCCAGGGGCUGAUAAAGCCGGCUACAGACAACGGAUCCGGCUGAUGACAACAGCGCUGUGUUGCCCGUUAGCGUGAAAUUUACUACCAAAUGGUAGCAUUGCGACUUGAGUUAUUCGGUAUUUUUUUAUUUAAAUUGUUGAAUUGACCAUAUUUUUAAUAGCUGUACUAAAAUGUUAAGGCUCGAUCAAAUUAUUACUAUUGCUUUUUUACAUUUGAAACAAAUAAUUUAAGGCAGUAUGAGCCUUAUUUUUCUGAAAACGUGAUUUUUCCUACGGCUAAGGCUUGACGUAAAGUUCAUAAUUAUAUUCAUUAUUUAUGAAAUUUUUAUACAAUUUACAUGAAAAUCAAGUGAGCUCAAGCCAAUGAUUUCUUUUAUGAAGUCAACCUAAAUUAUUUUAUCUUAUCAUCGUUUUGAUACUCUUAUUCUACCUGAAGUCUUAAGUCGCAGUGUUACUAUUAAUAGUAAUAACCAGAGAUCGGAACAGGUAGAUUGAUUUUAUGUACUUGCGUCAUGAAUUACCAUAGAAAGCAUAACAUGGAUAAGCCUCUUUUCCGCGAUUCCAUUUCAGUACUUACACUUACAGUAAACUACAUUGUCCGCGGGUAACAUAGGACUACAAUUUACGUGAACGAAGUCGGGGGAAAACAGCUACCACUAAUAUAUUCCUCAUGCCACUUGUAAAAAUCCCGCAAUCCCGGACGGAGGCAUGGCCAUAUUAAUAUAUACGUUUCAGUUCAUUGACCCCAAUUCAAUCUAUGUACCUAUUCCGAUCUUUAGUAAUUACCUUCAUUAAAUCACAUUGGUCAAACAUAUCAGCAACAAAACGACCAAUGCAAUAAAAAAUACCAGUGAUUUUAAUAAAAGUGUAUUUUUUAUGUCGCAUUAUAUUUUUAUAUCGAUUGUAUGAUGUGACUCUAAUAAAUCUACACUUAACACAUAUCAUUGUUAAAAUGUGUUAUUUUUUUCUUGUAUUAUACUGUUUUAAUGUAAAUGGGCGUGUCUUACCAGAAAUUAACCUAUUUUUUCAUAUGGCAACUAAUUUUCAUUCAGUAAAAUUUUAUUUCUGAUACUACUUUCGAUAUAUACAGUGUGCAACAAAAAAGGCGAUUUCAACAUUUUUAGAGAUCAGUGUACGCAUCAGUAUGAACAACUUUUUUUUAAGAACAAAGGUUCUAAUUAUGAAAACCCAUAACAUGUAUGUUAAUCAGAGAUCGAAUAUUCGGAUGCAUAUUUACCUAAGGUUGGGGUGUUGGGUUAGUAUGGAACGUACUUCUGUACCUCAAAAAUUCCGGGAUUCAGCAUUGAUACACUUAAUGUUCUAAUUAUGUAUUCGAAUCCAAAUUUACCUAAAGUUGAGGUGGAAAAAAUCACGCGGUAUAAUUCUGGAAUCCCGGUAGGUAGGUAAUUUUUUUAAUAAAUAUGAUCAUCCAUCACUUAUGUUUAUAAAGGAGUUUAUCAUACCUAAUAUACGAUAAGUUUCAAUUUCUUGUUUAAUAAAAUUUCCGGGAUUCAAAAUAAUUCGAAUCCCGAAAUAAAGAAGCCGCCUCCAUACUUUCUUAGCCAAAAUAUUAGUUUAGGUAAAUAUGCAUCCCAUUAUCCGAUCUCUAAUGUUAAUAUGUAAGCCUAUAGAAGUGAAUACGGGUGAAUGUGAUGUCACAGCUGAUAGUUGUGACACUGACGCUUUUGACAUAUUUCUUGUCAAUUCAGAAGUUUAUCUGAUAGUUUGCAACUGCCCAAAAUGCACAUCAUUCAUAGUUUCAAGCGCAGUCUGAAAUUUAUUUUGUCCUUUUAGUUUUUCGACUUCCAUUUGUAAGUAUAAAUGUUUUUAUUUUUGUUACAUUCUAUAUAUGUUUUGUACAAAAAAUACGAUUUAAUUUCUGAUAUUUUCUGAUGUCGUAGAAUGCGACUAAGUGAUAGGCUUAUAAACUUGGGAUUCUUGUUGUGGGCGAUGGUCUAACAACCUAUCACUAUUUGAAUCUCAAUUCCAUCAUGAAGCCAUACAGCUGAACGUAGCCUUUCAGCCUUUUCGAGACUGUUGGCUCUGUCUACCCUGCAAGGGAUAAAGACGUGACUAUAUGUAUGUAUCUUAUUUUUUUAAGUUUUAUUAAGUUAUAAAAGCAGUUUUAACCACUUUAAUUUAUUUUAGUAAUAGUUUUUCUAACUCUGUGAUUGAUUUUGAUACUUCGAAUAUAUAUACGAAUAAGUAGAGUUUAGACAAAUCUUGCCUUUCUAACGAAUUUAAUAACAUCAUUAAUUCAUUGAAAAUAGUUUUAAUGUGUACUUUGUGACGUAAACAUGUUUCUUUUCUGUGCCAUUUAUAUUGUAAUUGUAACAUUGUUUAACAGAUUAACAGUUAUAUAAAAUAUAUAAAAAUGAACUUAUUUUUUUAUUCACAUUAUCCUAAGAAUUUCAGUAUUGUAUUGUUUUAUAAUUUAAAUAAUAUUGUAAUUUAAUGUUAUCUAAAUGGUGAAACAUUAUGAAAAUGGUAUGAAAACCUUAUAAAUAAAUAAAGAGAAAUUUGAUUUCAUUCAUAAAAAAUAUAAUAAUUUUCAAGCUUUUGGAUAACAUUGAAUUUAUUUAAUAAACUUAAUUUAUACAUAGUAAUAAAAUAGAAGUGUUCUUUGUCGAUGUAAGUAAGCAUUCGGGACCUAAGUAAAUUAGGGACGGCAAGAAAAUAGAACUAUUAGUGAAAAAAAUAAUUAAUAGGAAUUUGGAAAUGUAAGGCGAUUCUGUUAAGUAGUGUUUGUUGUCACGUGAACGAAGUUUGCAUACUUAUCAACAAUUGCAAAUAGACGACUGAAACUGUUGGACAUAUUGAAAAUAGUAUGCAGUUUACUUACUGUGCCUAUUUUGUAAAUUAUUAAAAAGGAAACAUUGUUUUUAAUUACUAUAUUCAAAUUUCAAAAUAGAAAUGUAUAUUUGUAAGUAUCUUAUUUAUUUUAUUUUAUUUUUGAAUUAUCAUAUAUAUAGUUUUUAAUAUUCUUUUCUUCCAUACUAAUUAAUUAUUAUUCGAACAUAAAAGUAAUGAAAGUAUGAUACGUACAUAUAAGUUUUGCGGAUUUAAGUUUAUUUAUUUCAUUUAAAAUAAGAAUUGUAAGUUUGUUUAUAGACUUUUAUUAACAAUGACGAGAAAUGACGAGACUUCUUAAAAAAAAACUGAUGUGUUAUUCAAAAUAUUUAUCGUAUGCCACUAACUAGAAUCUAUUACCCCUAUAUUUUUUAAUCCUUGUUUAUCUAAUUUUGAAUUUGGUUCCAUAUAUAAUUUUGCUUGAAAGUUUAAAAGUAUUUAAACCAAUUGUAAUGUUUCACAGACGAAGCCAACAGUCAUGAACUGAAUAUAUUUUUUAAUUUUAUUAAGUUCCCUUUUAUUGUGAAACGUCAUUAUUUUCCACAUAUAAAAUCUUGCUAGAACAUUUACUAAUCAUAAAUCCUUAUGCUUAUUGCUUAUUAUAUGACUAAAACAAAUAUUGUCCAAUUGAGAAUCUGUUUUGAAGUCGGAUAAAAACAGAAGAGUCAUUUAUUCCAUAAUUUCCUACUUGUGAAUAUAAAUGAAAAAAAAAUCGAUUGUUAUUUCAGUUAGUGGCAAACGAAUGUGGAAAGAGAAGGAAGUCCUGAUAAAUUUGUAUGACUGACUGAAUUAGAGUAAGCGUUUGUAAUGUUCAAUUAAUCGAGUGUUCGUAGUUUGUAUCCAAGUGUAUUUUUUCAACCUUGUGAUGUCUGAAUGUGCAGUGAUUUUUAUGUGAUGAAUAAAGAUUUAUUGAUUGA